AUGUAUGACCUCCUCACUGUUCUCAUGAACUAUUUCAUCACUGUUCUCAUGUAUGACCUCCUCACUGUUCUCAUGAACUAUUUCAUCACUGUUCUCAUGUAUGACCUCCUCACUGUUCUCAUGAACUAUUUCAUCACUGUUCUCAUGUAUGACCUCCUCACUGUUCUCGUGAACUAUUUCAUCACUGUUCUCAUGUAUGACCUCCUCACUGUUCUCAUGAACUAUUUCAACACUGUUCUCAUGAACGACCUCCUCACUGUUCUCAUGAACUAUUUCAUCACUGUUCUCAUGUAUGACCUCCUCACUGUUCUCAUGAACUAUUUCAUCACUGUUCUCAUGUAUGACCUCCUCACUGUUCUCAUGAACUAUUUCAUCACUGUUCUCAUGUAUGACCUCCUCACUGUUCUCGUGAACUAUUUCAUCACUGUUCUCAUGUAUGACCUCCUCACUGUUCUCGUGAACUAUUUCAACACUGUUCUCAUGAACGACCUCCUUACUGUUUCAUAA